AUGGCACUGUCGAUUUUUACGGACUUCAUGCGAGUCUGCAAACACCAUUACCAGAGGAGGAGAGGAAAGGCCCGGAGACGUAACUCAACAAAGCACCACGACCCUUCUAUAACGCCAGUCGACGCAGUAGAACGUCAAAUCCCAGAUCAAGGUCUGCCUGAGCGCAGUUCACAAGUCCCUUUAGCGGAGAACGUGGUGCAAAAGCCGAUUUCUUCCCUUGUUGAUCAUAACCUUGUUCCACCUACCACAGAGUCGUCAAAUUUCACUGAUGUGUCUGCAAGUAAACCUGAGAUGGAGCAUUCGCCCCCGAGCCCGAGGACAACUGGUCCGGAGUCUCCGAGUCACGACAGUGGCAGCCGAAUGUCAAUAGCCUCAAGUCCACCCGAGCCUUUUCCUCGUCUGCACCACGAGCCAUGCUCCCCAGGUAAAUCUCAUCGACUUCAGACGCCACAUACUUUGAAGCACCGAACUUCAGAUAGGUCUGCCAGAAGACAGUACUAUGACCAAGAUAGAGACAGGGUCAUCCCGAAGGAAAUACUUUGCUAUCUCAAGGUGAUUUUUGACGGCAAACCCCUUUCGGAAAGAACCUCUUUUGAGAAACUUGAUUGGCAGGAUGAUGCUUCCUAUGGGACAGUCCAUAAGGCUGCACAGAAUUGUUUGAACGCGUCUCCUGAAACGAUCAACAAAAACGUCUGGCGCACAGACGGUGUCUGCAAGCUUUUCAGAGAGAAGCAAGAAUGUUCCUCCAAAGCACUUGAAACUGAGGAUCAGUGGUCCGAGGUCUUGCAUCUUAUCAUUGCAGAAUUCGUGACCAUACCGGGGAACGAAUAUGCAAAAUUUCAUCUUGAGAUAACUUGGACGUAUGCUGCAGUGGACCUUCCCGGCACUGAGAAAACUCAGAAAAGGAGGUACAGCAGGGAAAUUGCAGACUUGAUCGACUCCAGAAUAAAAACCAAUUGGCGCGGGAGGAAAUUCAUACCACAGAAAGAUCUUCAUGCUAUCAUGUCACCAUCUGUUAUUGAACACCUGAUCAACAAGGACGAGUCUUUGGCAAACACAGAACAUGCUGGUCUUGGAGACAGCCCAGCCAUGAACAAGAAGAAAUUUAUCGACGAUGUUGCAAGCUAUCACAAACACUUACUUGCGCUUUGUGUACACGAAGAUCUUCCUCUGAUCUGCUUGUGGCAGAUGCUCUAUCUUGGGCCAAAACCUGCUCAAUUUCCACUGGGAAUCUCUGACAAACCGCCUGCAGCUGAAAAGAUUAAGUUUGACAACCUGAUAUUCAAACAAUGGUUUUUCACCGCCUACCGAUUUCCGAAACCAACAGAUGCUAAAGUCCACUGCUUUGACCUCACAGAUAACGAUAUACUUCCCAUUGAAGGCUGUGGCAAAACAAAACCAAUCGGAUCAGGCGCAUUCAAAACUGUAUACGAGGUUCAGAUUCAGCCAGGACACCACCGCUUCACAGCUGACAAAACAAGCGUUUUUGCUUUGAAGGAAUUCAAAAACGGUUGUGCGUUCGAAGAUUUUGAGCGAGAGUCCAAAGUCCUUCGAAAAUUGGUUAACGUGCCGCACAAACACAUCACUCCUCAUUAUGCGUCUUGGCGCCAGGGAGGACAUUUCUUCAUGCUGUCUCCUCUGGCUUUUUGUAACCUGAAGGGAUAUUGGAAGCAGGAGCGACCUCGAUUGAGUGACCCUGACUUCGUGUUAUGGGAGUUGAGGCAGCUUCGGGGUUUGGCUGACGGUCUGCGCUUCAUAUACAAUCUUGGUGGGUGGCACCACGACCUCAAAGGCGAGAACAUCUUAGUUUUCAAAGAAGGCGACAGUGGCGGGCCGACUCUAAAGAUAGCAGACUUUGGGUCGGCAAAAAUCCGUGCUCGACGUUCAGCUCCACGCGACGAGAGUUCUCCCACGGAUCAUUACUCUCAAGGAACUUCGGCUUACGAGGCACCAGAUUAUGUCAUUCGUGGUGAGACCUCACGCCCUUACGACGUAUGGACGCUCGGAUGCAUCUUUUUGGAUUUUCUUGUUUGGACGUUCGGUUCGUUUCCUUCCGAGCUAGAGACUUUUUCCAAGCAAAGACGAGAAAUCAAAGGAGGCCAAAUUGGUAACGACACUAUGUUCUGGUACGUCGAACGUAAUCGCGAAGGCUACAAAACCCACUGGAAACCUUAUGUCAGCAAAAGGCUUCAUGAACUUGAGGAGCAAUGCAACUCCGACAAAGGCAGGGCGGUUUUCAAGGAACUGGUGCUGACGACCAGUAAAAUGCUCAGAAUGGAUCCUUCGAAGAGGCCAAAGCCGCACGAGGUGCAUAACGACAUGGAGAGAAUGAUACUUUGGGCCGAAGAAGCUGUGAAAGAGCCAGAUUGGAACAUUCAGAAUCUUCUAAUUGGAUCAGUCCCAUCAACCUCGAAGUCUGAGACCUCUGGUGAGGCGGGUGGUGAUGAAGUUCCAGUGGAGGCUCCGCUUGGCCAUCUAAUGAUGGACAACACAGCGUUUUUGAGAGCACCCAUGGCUUCAGGGCGGAACAGGACGCGAAAUCCGCUAUCAGACAGCCCAACACUCAUAUGCAUGGGAUUGAACGAGAACUUAAACCUCACGGAGAACGGCCCGAACAACCCCCACCUGGUCGUCGACAACUGCGACCACAUCUCGGACUGUAACACCCUGGAGCUCAAUAGCACGACUGCGCCAACAUUAUACGGCUCGCACAUGAUAUCUCCAGAUCGUGAUCGUUUUGCCGAAGCACGCACCGCGGUCCCAAGCACCACUGCUUCCGAUUCUCACCUGCCGCCUACCCCCCACCCUUCGAUACCCUGA